CAACUGCUCGCGCAUCGGCGCGGCUGAUUACCCAAGGCGGCGCUUCAUGGACGAGACCCUAGUGUGCUCUGUGGAAGAGGCCCUGCGCGAUGGCCUUGUCGCUGCCAGAAUCGACGAGGCCAUGGUCGACUACGUCGUCGAGCUCGUGCUGGCGGCCUGGGAAGAUGCCUACACGACGACGAUGGCCAAGCCACGCAAGAAGAAGGCCACGCCGCUCGAGCCGGACGCAGUGCGAGCGCAGUGCCUAGCCUCCGCCAUUGAGGAAACGCUAUUGGACGCGCAGCCUACGCUGCAGCUGGACCCAACCGCGGACAUCCGGUCGCUCAUCUCAGAUACCCAGGCGCGGCUGCAUGACGUGCUGUACCCACCGCCGCCUGCGCCAACGACAUCGCCGUUUGUCGUAGGUAGCACGUGCUUGGCCAUCUUGGAGGAAGACGACGAGUGGCAUGAGGCAGAGAUCACGUCGGUUGAAGACGUGGCCACGAAGCAAUGCAUCCAAGUCAACUUUAUCGAGUUCGACAAGCGCCAGGACGUACCCAUCUCGCUGGUCGUGCUGCCCGACGACAUUGCAGAGAGCGAUGUUGACGGCGUGUACGGCUGCGAGCUCUGCGAACGAGGCAUGAACCUCACAGCGCACCACCUCGUGCCACGGCAGUGCCACGCCAAGUUUCUCCAGCGUGGGUUCAGCCGCGAGUACCUCAACCGGACGAUUCUGAUUUGCCGGCAAUGCCACUCCAAGAUCCACGCCACGGAGGACAACAAGGCGCUCGCAAGAGACUACAACACACUCGAGAAGCUCUUGGGCCACGAAGCGAUUGCACGCUACGUUCAGUAUGCAAGGAAGCAAAAGACGCGCGUGCGCCCGCGGGGCCAGAAACAAGGCUGAGGUGCAGCAUAGACACUCCACUUGAUGAAUAUCCGAAAACAACGGACCGAUCGCUAAACGAACCAGCAAUAUUAUAAUAACACCUAGCCGCGACGCGACUGGCUACAGCGAUCAACUGCUGUCGACGAGGGACACCUCCCAUGGUCG